CAUGGAUGCAUUCUAACAUUUAUUGUUUACGCUUUCACCUACUUUAUUUAUAUCGGCUAAAAAAUUUUUUCUAUUCAAGGAUAUAACUAAACUAGCGGCAUAUAUUUACAACCGAUUGCAUAUAAUGGAACUUUCAGAUCAGCAAGUUGAUGAUUCUUCCUUGUCAUUAGAUACGAAUUAUUUACAAAUCUCGUGCAACUGGAAAAUCAGCAACAAUAAACAGCUUCGUGAUGCUUUCACAUUAGAAGCUUCGUCUCUAGAAUUUAUGAAAACUAACUUCGAAGAUAUAGUUUCUUUAAGUACAUGUAUAUCUUUACAACCAAUUGAAUCCAACAAUGAACCAUGUAUGCUAGAUGUAAGAUUAACUAAUGGGCAGAGAAUUUCCCAGAUUGCUGUAGUUUCUGAAGCUUAUGUAUUAGAAUUUUUCAAACAAUUUGGGGAAUAUGAAACAACGAAAUUUGCAGAAUUUGUAGAUGAAUUUGAAGACAAUUCAGUCUACUUUGCAGAGACAGCAAUUUUUCCACAUGCUACAGAAGCUAGUAUUAAGUUUACAAAAACAAAAAGUAAAAAUUCAGUUAUGUGGAUAUAUGGUAUAAAGCUCUAUGUAACAGAGUCAAUUAAUGAACCUAAGAGUUUUUCCACAGAAAUAUUUAAUCCUGAAAUAAUAAGAAAUUUUUUAACUAAACUUAGUUUUAACAAUGAAGGGAACAAUAUUGCAAAUGAUGUUCAGUCAUGUUACAUGAAUAUUUUGAAUUUAUCAAAAAAUAAAGGUGUUCAGAAAAACGAUGAAGAAGAAGUGGCACAAUCUGCGAUAGAUAGUACUGCGUCAAAUAAUAUAGAUAUCAUAACAUAUAUUGAUAAGAAAUUUGAAGAUAUGGAAGGAAGAUUAAUGAAAAAAAUUGAUGAAAUGGAACAAAAAACAAAUGAAAAACUUGAUACUAUUUUAAGACAAUUAGAAACUCGAUGCAGUGUCAAGUGACCUUCAAUUCAUAUAAUUUAAAAGCAUAUUUGUAAAUAAUGACAAUAUAUAUUUAAUUCUGUAUGGAAUAUGUAUGUAAAAUAUACACAUAUAAAAAAUUUUGAAGAUAAUACUUUUUCUUAAAAAGGGUUUUAUUCCUAAGUGCUUCUUGAAUAUCUAUUUACACAUUUUUGAAUCUUUACAUAUAGUGAUGUCAAGUCUUGUAUAUUUUGACUAUCAGUUACAUAUACUUUUCAUUUCUCAUUUUUGUAUUGCAAUUGAACCUUUUAAAUACAUGUAAAUAUUCAUAUGUAAGAACAUACCAAGAAUCAUAUUACAAUUCAUCUAAUUCUGUUCUUUCUAUAAAAUUUUAUACAGAUAUAAAAAUCACGGAACUAUGAUGCACAGAAAGAUAUAUUUGCAUAAUAAAGUAAAAUGUUGGUAACAUAAGGUUAUUUUAAUCAGAAUUAUUGCUAUCUUGUGGAGGAUCCCACUGAUGAAGUUGUUUCCUCCACAACCUUACCAUGCUAUCCCAUCCUCUUCUACUAUAUUUAAUAUAUUUUGGCGGUGUUCUUGGAUGUUCUCUUGUACGUUUUUCUCUAAAAUAUGUAUAACCAAUGUAAUAGUUUUCAACAUAAAUAUUUCUGACCUUAUCUUAAUAAACAAUAUUCUUACUUAGGCA